AAACUUGCUGGCGCAAUUCUCGAUGUGAGUACGUCCAUCUGAUGUAAAUAGUUUAAACCGAGCUGUAAACAUGCUCACACGUCGCUUAGGAUCAAAUAUUCGAUGGCUAAAACAUUAUAAAUACAGUACAAAUGCACAGGAACCAACAAAAGUCAGGGGCAAAAUCGACCAAUAUGUGGACGUUUAUGAAGAGUUCAUUGGUGUUAAAACUGUUCGGCAAGCUCAAGAAGAAGUUAUGAGGUGGGAAAAAAAGUUGAGUGAGGCUCAGCUGGUUCGCCGGGAAAAACAGUCGGAGAUCAACAAUCUACAGUCUCGUCUAAAAGAAAUACAUUUCGAUUUGGAUAGAACCAGCAGAGGAGAAGAUAAAUAUCUUCAAUUGUUAACUGAGGAGCAUCAAAUUAUUAAAAAAGAACGAGAACUGCUGAAUUCAUUCGAAGGACUGGAAACUGCGGAACGUGAAGCUUUCCAUCAACUUUCCAUGAGAGUACGAUCAAGCCACGAAAGAGAAAGAGAACGUGCUGAAAAAACAAAAUGGUGGGGAGUUUCUGCAUCUCUAAUUGGAGCACUUCUCGGAAUCGCUGGAACUUCGAUUGGAAAUGAGCUGAGAAUGAGAAAACUGAAAGAAAUGCUUCCAAUAGGAGGAGCUCAAAUGAGUGAAAUGGCCAAAGCGAUUGGAGAGCAAAACGAGAAUGUCGCAAUUUUCCUUGCGGAUAUGCGAAAAGCUCUACAAGUAGAUGGAGUGAAGCCAACUGACGCACUGCCAGAAUCUGAUGUGAAGAAGGUCAGUGAUCUUGAUAAGCUUCUGACAACGAUUCGAGAAGAAAAUGCUCGUCUUUCCAAAGAAAUGCGGGAACUAUCACGGUUGGCUCAGUUAGAAGCAGCGUUAGAUGCAGACCCAACAUCAGUCGUAUACGUUGGAAGCGACAUGGAACGACUUCUCGAGCAGACCGAAAAGAAUAUUGAAUCAAAAAUGAAAUUGCGAACACUUCUGACUGUUGUUGUCAUUUAUACCGCUGUCGCCGUAACUGCUCCGUGGCUUUAUGCCGUAUUCCGAGGAGAUUAGCCUUCGACCUUUUUACUCAUUUUAAUUUCGUUUAGAUUUGUUUGCAUUACUUCAAUUGUAUUCCCGGUAUAUAUAUUCACGUGCUGCCAAAAGAAUGUUACAAUGUAAUUUCUAGAGAACGUUUCCCUCGACGGGUGAUUUAGUAGACAAGUUUAUCACUUAUGUAAUCUUUUUCCGAAAAUUUUUGAAAAAUAUAAAUAAAAUCGAUCGAUUAUCACUUU